UAUUACCCGGAAGUAUUACGUGUAUCGUUUCCGGCCUAUACCUCCAUAGCCUUGCCAGCAGCGGGGUUGACGGUGGUUUGAGUAGCGGUGCAAAUCCAUUAAUGAAAAGUCAUGGCAGACAAGGCACAGAUACCAGAAGCGAUUAAAGUCCAAGGUGAAGUGGUGCGGAAGCUGAAGUCAGAGAAGGCUAGCAAAGAGCAGUGAUAGGGUUGCUUACCACUUUUCUCCUGUUCUUCCUGCUAACCCCGGAUGACCUCGGCCUGCCCCCCACCCCCCCCUUCAUCACCAUCAUCUACCUCACUGCUGAACCCAACCCCCCUGGACAUUACUGAUCAACUCACUUCCUGGAUCUACCUCUACCGACCGUUGUGAUUGGCUGCUGUGGCUGUUCCUGUACGACACCACUGAACACUGCUGUUCCCAUGAUACACUCCUGAACUUUUGCCUGUCCAAUUAUUGGACUUAUUUUUUUCCGGCCAUGUUGUGUGUUCGUGCUUGCUUGGGUCUGAUUCGGACUGCGAUGCGUGUCCGAACUCUGCAUUCUUUCCCUGGGAUCACUGUGGCUCAGAUCGAUGAAGAGGUUUCCAAACUGCUGCAGCUGAAGGCUCAGAUCGGAGGAGAUGAUGGAAAACACCAGUUUGUUCUCAAGACGGCAAAGGGAACGAGGGACUACAACCCCAAGCAGAUGGCCAUCAGAGAAAAAGUGUUCAACACCAUCCUCGGCUGCUUCAAACGCCACGGUGCAGAGACCAUCGACACACCUGUUUUUGAACUAAAGGUACAUAUUCACAUCACCGUUCACUCUUGGCAAGCAAAAACAUGGCGGCUAACAUGAAGAAUUGCAUGGCUACAGCACAAGCCUGUCUAAUGUUGUCCAUGGUACCUGUUGACCUUUAUGUCAGAAUCUAUCCUCUCAAGGGCAGGAUCAUAGAGUAGUGCAGUGAUGACGUAUCUUUGUGUGCUGACCCUGAAGUAAGCAUCUCACUUGUUACCUCAACAUAAAACAAUGUGAUUUGUUGCCAUUGGAUUUUGGAAUAUUGCAGAAAACAAGAUCUGAUAUUUUUCAUAUUAACAUCACUGUGAUUUUUUUUAAAGCAUAAUUGCAUUCUCCAGAAGUAAAAAGCUAACAUUAAGCUAUAAACAAAAUGCAUGACUUCACGUCACCACCACCAAGCUCAGUGUGAGAAAAAGUUUUUAGAGAGUACUUGUCC